AUGCCUGGCCAUUGGAUGCCAUUAAGCGUUCUAAAGAUCAUUCUAGGAGGUUCCACAAAACGAAUACCGAUUCCUACGAAGAAAAUAAAAAAGUUAGUAUUGAAAAUAACUGCUAAGACUACAACAGAAGCAACAACUACUACAGUGGCAGAAACAACAACUGAAGCUACGACAGAGCCUCCACCGCCGCCACCAGUACCAACUACGACAACAACAUCGACUACAACAACAACAACUACAACAACACCAUCACCUACAACAACUGACACAACAACAACACCUACAACAACCACAACACCGACUACAACCACAACACCGACUACAACCACAACACCGACUACAACCACAACACCGACUACAACAACAACGCCAACUACAACAACAACGCCAACUACAACAACAACGCCAACUACAACAACAACGCCAACUACAACAACAACGCCAACUACAACAACAACGCCAACUACAACAACAACGCCAACUACAACAACAACACCAACUACAACUACAACUACGACACAACAACAACAACAACCACAACAAAACCACCAACUACAACGAAAAGGAGAGGACCGCCACGUCGAAUUAAACCUGCUACUGACGCUCACGAGAAUUUGA